AUGGCCCAAGAGAUGAAGCUGCUGAAGAAGCGUUUGGAGAAGGAGGCGAACAGAGCAUUGUCAAACACAGAUUUUCAAACGCAAAUCAAGGAGUCGGGCCUCAAGAAAGCAAGCAGCCAAGAUGACCUGUCGACGAAUCUCAUUUGCACCGCACUUGCAGUGGCUGAGAAACUGACAGGCGAGGAAGUGCUGACAACAAUCAGAGAUUUGGAAGACAGGUAUGGCAGAGGCAGUUGCCUGAAUUCCAUGCAGAAGCUGCACGCAUUGGCGACAAAGACAACUCCAGCCAAAAGGAGCUUUAUCUUCCAAGCUCUACGGGACAUGAUUUUCCGCAACAUGCUUGAAAAUGAUGAUGUCAGCAAGUCUUUCCUGGUGGGGGACGGGCACAAUACAUGCGGUUUCAUUGCCCUGACAGAACUGAAGCUGGACUGUUUGGCCCACUUCAAGGCGGUGGUCUUACCCCGAGCCCAGAUCCGUGAACAGGACCGCGUCGUCAUUGGAGAAGCAUUGCUGGACCAUACGACAUAUAACAAAAGAAUGCUGGGUGAUGACGUGGCUUGGCAGGGCAUGCUGCUGGAGUCGAGCAUGCAAGCCCUCAGAUUUUUAGAGGAUCUGGUCUACAGCAAGAAGUACGACCAUCACCUGAGGCAGCUGGCUAAAGGAAAGAAAAGCAUGGAGGAGGUCAUGGAAAACGAGGCCCUGAAAGAGAAGUGGGGCCAAAUCGAGCAGCUGAGAACAAACGAGCUUGCAGAGGAGAAGGUCAAGCUGCGGCGCGAAGCCGAGCCCGAGGAAACGCCGGAAGACCCAGACCACGCUGCCCACAAAUCUCCUCCAGCCCGUCCAAAGCCUGGUGCGCAUCCUCCGCACCUGGUGCCGACAGGUACAUCAGUGCCACUUUGCAUCUACGGUGGCGCCUACGAGGCCGCCGAUAGCUAA